AUGGGAAUCAAGACCGGUAUCACCCUCUAUACUGAGGGCACUCCUAACGGCCUCAAACCCACCAUUCUGCUAGCUGAGCUGGGUUUGGAAUACAAGCUUCACCCAAUCAACAUCCCCAAGCACGAACAAAAAGAGCCAUGGUUUCUCAAGAUCAACCCCAAUGGUCGGAUCCCUGCCCUAGUCGACCAGGACGAGAAUGGUAACAAGAUUACGCUGUUCGAGAGCGGCAGCAUGUUGCUGUAUCUUGUGGCCCGGUACGACAAAGACCACCAGGUCUCAUACCCCUAUGACUCUCCCGAGUACUGGGAGACCGUCAAUUGGCUGAUGUGGCAGAUGGGAGGCGUGGGCCCGAUGCAAGGGCAAGCCAACCACUUCGCGAGAAUGGCACCCGAGAAGCACGAGUACGCCAUCGGCCGCUACGUGAAUGAAACGCGCCGCUUGUAUCGCGUUCUGGACGGCCACCUUGCCAAAAGUAAAUCCGGCUACGUGGUCGGUGACCGGGUCACGGUGGCGGAUAUCGCUCUGUGGAACUGGGUGGCUGCUUAUAAAUAUAGUGGCCUGUCCAGCAUUGACGAGUUUCCGCAUGUUCAGAAAUGGCUCUUCGAAUUGUUGAAGCGGCCCGGCUUUGAGGAGGGUCGGAAUGCUCCCGGGCCGCAUAUAUAUCUGGAGCUCAACAAGCUGUCGGACGAGGAGUUGAAUGCAAAGGGCCGCGCUGCUGGGGCUUGGAUUCAGGAGGGAAUGAAGCGGGAUGCGGAGGUCUGA